AUGGCAGAUGGUCAGGCUUUACAAUUAUUAGUGACCAAUAAUUGUAGGAUUGGCUUUAUCGUUGUAAGUAGCCAGGAAGCAUUGUUUACAAUACUGCAUGGUAAUUUUCGAGAUGUAAUCACAAAAUUUUCAGUUGACUUACCGCGAAAACGUCGAUAUGGUGGUGCAAGUGCACUUCGACAGGCACGACUUCGAAACGAAAAACGGUAUAACUAUAUACAAAAAGUAUCAGAAGUGGCUGUACAAUGUUUUAUAACCGAUGGCAAAGUCAAUGUAACCAGUAUUAUUCUUGCUAUUGAAGGCACUUUCACAAGUGAAUUUCAACAACCGGAUAUAUUUGAUCCUCGUCUUCAAGAAAAACUUCUUCAACGUGUGAUUAUUUCCUACGGUGGUGAGAAUGGAUUUAAUCAAGCAAUUGAUUUAGCAAGUGAAACACUUAGCAAUAUUAAAUUAAUACAAGAGAAAAAAGUUAUUUCUCGAUAUUUCGAUGAAGUAUCCAAGAACUCGAAUAAUUAUUGCUUUGGUGUCGAUGAAACACUCAAAGCACUGGAAAUGGGUGCUGUAGAAACUUUAAUUGUAUGGGAAAAUUUCGAUGUAAAACAUUAUUUUCUACAUGAUAGCCAACGAUCGAAAAUGUAUACGAUACAUUUAUGUGUCGAUCAAGAAGAAAAACUUGAUUCUCAAGACAAAGAUACAGAUGCCAAAUGGGAACAUGUUGAGAAAAUGCCAUUACUCGAAUGGUUUGCCAAAAAUUGCAAGAAGUUUGGUACCACACUCGAAAUUGUGACGGAUAAAACGCAAGAAGGUUCUCAAUUUGUGCAUGGCUUUGAUGGCAUCGGCGGUAUUCUUCGUCCCACGAUAAAUUUUCAAAAUUCUAAUAUUGAUAAAGAUGCAGAAUUAAUCGAUCACAAUGACAAUGAUUAUACAUUCUUCUUCGAUUAA